CCUAACAUACUGCACACAUAGCUCACACAAAACGGUGCCUUGCCUUGAAUGAUGACUAUUUUAUUUUUGCGCGCAACUUGGACGUUCUCUCGUGAGCGCUAUAUUUGUCAUGAGAGGCUGUUUCAAUCAAUUCUAACUACCGUUUGUAAAAAGUAGAUGUUUGAAGAGUAUCCAUUUUUCGGUGUGGAUUAAUCAAUGGACCUAAUAAGACUUCGAUGGAAACUAUUGAUUCCGAUUUUGGCACUCAUGGAAAAGGACUAAAAUCCUAUUUUCGGCCAUGCCAUAAUGGUUAUAAUACUGGUUUUGUUAGUGUUGAAUUUGAUGCAUCCCAGUCACCAAAAGCCCCGUUCUUCUAUGGCGAUUAGGACAUCGACUCCACAGCAUCAGAGCUUUAACUCGAGGCAGCGCAGGGAUGCUGCGGGGCGUGGAGGAGUGUACGAGCACCUUGGGGGAGCACCGAGACACAGAAAGUUGUACUGUGCCACAAAGUAUCACUUACAAAUACAUCCCAAUGGGAGAAUAGACGGGACCCUGGAGGAGAAUAACCCUUUCAGCAUAUUGGAGAUCGCAGCAGUGGAUGUGGGAGUGGUGGUGAUUAAAGGACUGUUCUCUGACAGAUAUCUGGCCAUGAACGAAAAAGGAGGACUAUAUGCAUCGGCUGCCUUCAACCAGGAGUGUGAGUUCAUGGAGCGGAUCCAUGAGUUAGGCUACAACACUUACGCCUCCCGCAACUACCAGACAACCACUCCCUCCACCUCAACAGGAAGCAGCAACAGGCGAAGGGCGAGCGCUGAGAGGCUGUGGUACGUGUCAAUCAAUGGAAAGGGCCGGCCAAAGCGUGGCCUGAAGACUCGCAGGACAGAGAAGGCCUCCCUCUUCCUUCCCAGGGUCCUUGGCCACAAGGACCAUGACAUGGUUCACCUGUUGUUCAACAGUAGUCUAGGGUACAGACAGACUGCCCUCAGACUUAUAGGAAAGACAGGGCCAAGGAGACAGAGACAUGUUUCCAUAUCCAGGCAGUUUGAUGACUAGUCUGACUCAUGUCAUUCCACACUGCCCACAGCCUGACUACCUACCUGGUGACUGAGAGAUACCAGCACACCUUUCCCUCCUUUAAACUGGCAUAAUGAUACUGUUGGAAUAAUGUACAACCUUAUAUAGAGAAUGCAUGCAUUAUACUGUCUUAUGAAUAAAGUGGUCAAUGUAUUG